CCAUGCCGAAGCGCUCCUGCCCCUUCGGGGACGCGGCCCCCCUCCAGCUGAAGACCCGCGUGGGGCUGCGGGAGCUGAGCCGCGGCGUGCGGGGCGAGGAGUACCGGCGGGAGGUCUUCGAGAGGACCCGGCGGCUGCUCUUCAGGGGUGCCCAGGCGUACAUGGAGGGCGCGGCGGCCGCCGCCCGUCCGGCGGAGCCGGGGCCGGCCGGGAAGGCGCUGGGCGAGGGGCCCCGCUGGAGCGGGCAGCUCCUCAUCGGCCACGACGGGAAACUGCGGCGGCGGCCCGCGGACAGGGUUCCGCCGCUGGGAGCAUCCAGAGCCUGCUCGUCGUGUGUGAGAGCGGCCGAUGUGAAGGACGCGUGUGCGCAGUGUGACCGCUUCGUCUGCCAGAACUGCAGCAGGCUCUGCAGCUGCUGUAACACGGUUACCUGCUCUUUGUGCUCCACUGUUGAUUAUGGUGAUAUGGGAGAGCAAGUUCUCUGCAGCGGUUGUUCAGUAUUUCAAGUCUGAAACUUGAUGAAAUAACCCUUGUGGCUGAAACGUCCAUGAAUUUAAUGAAGUCUUCUCCUUACAGCUGGUCAAUUAAUCCUUUCAGCAUGUGAAUUAGUUUUGGAAUUUCUAUGUUUUAUAUCUUUAUAUUGUACUUUUAAAUAUUUUAGCUAAAUAAACAUUUAUAUUUUAAAGCUUU